UUAGUUGGUGAACAUUAGGAAGAGGAAUUUGCGACGAAGUCUACAUCUCCACGGCGGAAGGAAAGAGAAGCAGCGGCAGUAGAGAAAGACGAGGGAACCGAAGUCUGCCGUCUUCUGCUCGCUCCCAACUCCUUUGUCAUUUCGCGUUGCCGCUUGAUCUCCGGAUUAGUAGGUGAAAUUUACUGGUGUCAGUUAAUUAUUAAUAUCUCUUUAUCGUUGCAUGGAGCUUGGAGCAACGAAAAUGAGUGACAAUUUGAUGGAUAAAGUCAGUGCCCUUGGUGAGCGUCUAAAAAUUGGGGGUGCUGAGGUGAGCAGGAAAAUGAAAGACGGCAUGAGCUCCAUGAGUUUCAAGAUGAAGGAAAUAUUUCAAGGUCAGAACCAAGCUGAGAAGAUUGUGGAGGAAGCGACAUCAGAGAAUCUAGAGGGUCCUGACUGGUCUUCUAACCUUGAGAUAUGUGACAUGAUUAAUAGUGAAAAGUUCAACAGUAUUGAUUUUAUCCGCGGCAUAAAGAAACGGAUCAUGUUGAAGGAUCCUAGGGUCCAAUAUCUUGCUUUAGUUCUUCUUGAGACCUGUGUAAAAAACUGUGAGAAGGCUUUCUCUGAGGUUGCUGCAGAACGAAUCCUUGAUGAGAUGGUCAAACUUAUUGAUGAUCCUCAGACUGUUGUAAAUAACAGGAAUAAGGCUCUUAUCAUGAUUGAAGCAUGGGGAGAGUCUGGUGAUGAGCUCCGAUAUUUACCAGUAUAUGAGGAAACUUAUAAGAGCUUGAAAUCUAGAGGCAUUCGUUUUCCAGGACGAGAUAGUGAAAGCUUAGCUCCAAUUUUUACACCACCACGUUCAGUUACGGAGACUGAAGCGUAUGAUAGUUUAUCUCAACAUACUUAUGAUGAUGUACCCACAUUUAGUUUUACAGCUGAACAGAUAAAGGAAACAUUUGAUGUUGCUCGCAACAGUCUUGAACUUCUGUCAACAGUUCUCUCCUCCUUGCCUCAUCAAGAAGCUCUUCAGGAUGAUUUGACAAAGACCCUCUUCCUACAAUGCCAACAAAGCCAAUACACUGUCCAGAGAAUCAUUGAGACUGCAGCUGACAAUGAAGUAGUUCUAUUUGAGGCCUUGAAUGUGAACGAUGAGCUUCAGAAGGUCCUCUCCAAGUAUGAAGAGCUGAAGAAGCCUCCGUUGGUACAGUCUGAACCUGAACCCGCAAUGAUACCAGUUGCUGUGGAACCUGAAGAUUCUCCUCGGGUCAGUAGAGAAGAUGUUCUCGUCAGAAAACCUGCUGGUUCGAGGACCAAGUCUAGCGGCGACGAUGACAUCCUGAACGACCUUGACGAGAUGAUUUUUGGCACCAAGGGAGGCAGCACAUCUGAGGAUCAAGAUCCAAAAAGGAAGCAUCAGCAACAAAAGGAUGAUCUGAUCACCUUCUAAGUAUCUUCCUAUUGUUUAUAGGUAAAGCCUGGAAUUUGUGGUGGUGUUUUGUGUUUCUUCAUUUCUCAUAUUCAGACUUCGGUGGUAUAUCACUGUAAGAAACUAACUACUGUGGUCUAGCUGUUCUGAUUUCCAUUCGGUUGUUAUAGCUGUUGGACCUGAAAAGAUAAAUCUGCUCGUUUAUAUCA